GGUGGUCCCUGGAGAAACACCUCUCGGGCUAGGUGCUGAUGAGCCCCCUGGACUGGUCCCUGACUGGAGGCGGCGCGGACGAUCAGCGGAUGCUGACUGUGCACGGGGCCGGCCCGAAGCCGUCUGACUGGUGAGGGGCUCAGCCAUACAUGGAGGAUGACAGAAAAAUCCAACGGCGUGAAGAGCUCCCCAGCCAAUAACCACAACCACGCACCCCCUGCUGUCAAGGCCAAUGGCAAAGAUGACCGUGGCACCAGUAGCAGGCCACGGUCUGCGGCCGACGAUGACACCUCCUCUGAACUGCAGCGGCUGGCGGACAUGGAUGUCCCGCAGAGGGGCCGGCGCGGCUUCCAGAGGAUCGUCCGCCUGGUGGGGGUCAUCAGGGAGUGGGCCAACAAGAACUUCCGUGAGGAGGAGCCGAGACCUGACUCGUUCCUCGAGCGCUUCCGUGGUCCAGAGCUCCAGGCCGUGACAACACAGCAGGGGGACGGCAAAGGCGACAAGGACGGCGAUGGCAAGGGCACCAAAAAGAAAUUUGAGCUCUUUGUCUUGGACCCAGCCGGGGACUGGUACUACCGCUGGCUGUUCAUCAUCGCCAUGCCUGUCCUCUACAACUGGUGUCUGCUGGUGGCCAGAGCCUGCUUCAGUGACCUACAGAGAGGCUACUACAUAGUGUGGCUGGUGCUGGACUACUUCUCAGAUGUGGUCUACAUCGCGGAUCUCUUCAUCCGGUUGCGCACAGGCUUUCUGGAGCAGGGGCUGCUCGUCAAAGACCCCAAGAAGCUGCGGGACAACUACAUUCACACCCUGCAGUUCAAGCUGGACGUGGCGUCCAUCAUCCCCACAGACCUGAUCUAUUUCGCCGUGGGCAUCCACAGCCCGGAGCUGCGCUUCAACCGCCUGCUACACUUUGCCCGCAUGUUUGAGUUCUUCGACCGCACAGAGACACGCACCAGUUACCCCAACAUCUUCCGCAUCAGUAACCUUGUCCUCUACAUCUUGGUCAUCAUCCACUGGAACGCCUGCAUCUACUACGCCAUCUCCAAGUCCAUCGGCUUCGGCGUUGACACCUGGGUCUACCCCAACAUCACCGACCCUGAGUACGGCUAUCUGGCUAGGGAGUACAUCUACUGCCUUUACUGGUCGACCCUGACUCUCACCACCAUUGGGGAGACCCCGCCCCCCGUGAAGGAUGAGGAGUACCUAUUCGUCAUCUUUGAUUUCCUGAUCGGCGUCCUCAUCUUCGCCACCAUCGUCGGGAACGUGGGCUCCAUGAUCUCCAACAUGAACGCCACCCGGGCCGAGUUCCAGGCCAAGAUCGACGCCGUGAAACACUACAUGCAGUUCCGCAAGGUCAGCAAGGAGAUGGAAGCCAAGGUCAUCAAGUGGUUUGACUACCUGUGGACCAAUAAGAAGACCGUGGACGAGCGGGAAGUUCUCAAGAACCUGCCGGCCAAGCUGAGGGCCGAGAUCGCCAUCAACGUGCACCUGUCCACGCUGAAGAAGGUGCGCAUCUUCCAGGACUGCGAGGCCGGCCUGCUGGUGGAGCUGGUCCUGAAGCUGCGUCCUCAGGUGUUCAGCCCCGGGGAUUACAUCUGUCGCAAGGGGGACAUCGGCAAGGAGAUGUACAUCAUCAAGGAAGGCAAGCUGGCCGUGGUGGCUGACGACGGCGUCACUCAGUACGCGCUGCUCUCGGCGGGGAGCUGCUUCGGGGAGAUCAGCAUCCUGAACAUCAAGGGCAGCAAGAUGGGCAACCGGCGCACAGCCAACAUCCGCAGCCUGGGCUACUCGGACCUCUUCUGCUUGUCCAAGGACGACCUGAUGGAAGCCGUGACCGAGUACCCCGAUGCCAAGAAGGUCUUGGAGGAGAGGGGCCGGGAGAUCCUCAUGAAGGAGGGGCUUCUGGAUGAAAACGAGGUGGCGGCCAGCAUGGAGGUGGACGUGCAGGAGAAGCUGGAGCAGCUGGAGACCAACAUGGAGACGCUGUACACGCGCUUCAGCCGCCUGCUGGCCGAGUACACGGGCGCCCAGCAGAAGCUCAAGCAGCGCAUCACGGUUCUGGAGACAAAGAUGAAGCAGAGCCACGAAGACGACUACCUGUCGGAUGGGAUGGUCAGCCCCGAGCCCGCAGCUGGCGAGAAGCCGUAGGCCUGCCCCGCGCCGCUGCUCCCACCUUGGCCUUGAGCCCAGGAGCUAGAAGAGUCGUGUAGGGCUCCGUGCCGAUACGCACUGCCUCGUGUCCCCUUGAAUGCUUCCCUCUCUGUCCCCGGGCUCUUGGCUCAGGCCCCCAAGAGCCCCCUCCAA